AUGACAUCGAAUUGCCAAAUAUGUCAAAAAGAGUGUAUUUUUAAGCGGCGCCCAAAUGCCAAAGAAGGAACCUUUGGAACCAGCUUUGAUAGAUUCCAGACUUUCCUUUGUAAGGAAUGUGCUAAUAUCUCCACCACUGAAGCAGAUGCCUUAACUAUUCAAAACAGAAAUAUAAUAUUUUUUUGUGCUUCAUGUAAAUCUGGAAUUGCUGAAAAGGACUCAAUUAUAAAAGUCCUCGAAAAUUUGACCAAAAAACAGAAACUAGAAAUAAUUAAUAGGGAUAUGAUUCAUGAAAAAAAGGAUUUGGAUGAUCGCCACAUUAUUGAAACCUUGAAUGAAGACAUAGAACAACUUCAAUAUGACCUAAAAUUGAAGGAAAACCACAUCAAGAGACUUGAGCGGGGCUCCCAAAUACUUACUGAUGAGGCUGAAGCAGUUGAAGAAAGCUACCAUCAAAAGACUAGUCAGCUUUCCCAGACCAUCGAAGACCUGAGAGCUAAACUUUCCAAAACCGAUAAAGUAAAACUGGAUAUUGAGAAAAUGACUAGAAGCCACAAAAAUGAACUUCAAAACAAAACACAGCAGAUUAAUGAACUAAUUAAACAAAAUCACGCCCUAAUAGAGAGAAUUAACUCUCUAGAAAAGCAAAACAAUGAAUUAGAACUAUCAGUUGAUACACUAAAACAAAAUGCAACUUGUUUUGCGAAUAACCAGACACUUCCGCCCCACCGAAACAGCAAUUCCACCCAAAAUGUUCCGUUGCCUGAAUCAACUAUUGCAGCAAAUGGAUGCGGCGAUAAAAAAAAAAAAACUUAUACUCUCAGAUGA